GCUAGGGUUUUGUUGUAUUUGUAUCGCCGUAAGCAACUCUAGCCGAGCAGAUCUAUCCGACGCAGAGAUGGCCAAGUCAAAGAAUCACACAGCGCAUAACCAGUCUGCUAAGGCACACAAGAACGGAAUCAAGAAGCCUAGGAGGCACCGUCACACUCCCACCAGAGGAAUGGACCCUAAGUUCUUGAGGAACCAGAGGUACGCGAGGAAGCACAACGUUAAGAGCGGCGAGAAUGCUAGCGUUGAGGGAUAAGCUUUUUAUUUUUGUGGUUUUUUUUUCAUGAAGUUGAGACUGUUUCAGUUCUAUUUUUGAUUAUGUUUAUGUACCCUUUUAAUAUCAUUUGCUCUUAUAUUUUGCAUUUCUUGAUUUGGUUUA